AUGGGUGAUUGUAUCGAUAAGUAUCUUGAGCUCGAAGAUUACGGAAUCGCGAUUCCUUGUGUCCAUGAUCUUGUACCAUCCAAUUCUUGUAAGAAACUCAUAGUCAGACUAUCCUUCAAUAUGAGCCGAAAUUUGGUUUAUUAUCACAGGAACGGUAAAAGAUGGGUGAGUAAGCAAAAUAUUCCUGCCACGAAGGGCAGCCGUGUGAAUCCUUUUUGCCCUAUGUGCAUAGAUGAGAUUGCUAAAUUUCUUAUACUAAAAAAGAAAAUUACCAAGCAUGUCGUCUACCAAAUAUUGGAGAUUCUGAAUGACGAGGUAUGGAAUAAGGUGCUGAAAAUUGAUAAGGAGGAGCCUAUUAUUGAGAUUCAUGAUCAUAAGGUUGAUGGUGUUUGUUUUGCUCCUGACAAAGUCUGCAACGAAGAGGAGUUUCGGGCAUGGAUUGCUAAAGGAAACCAUGCUUUUGAAGAGGAGAUACCUGCUAUUGAGGGGUUGGAAAGCGUUAAUGUCGAUGAUGAUGAUGAUGAUGAUGAUGAGAACGUGUGUGGUAUUUGUCUACGGGGGUUGAAGAACAUGGACAAAGACAACAUCAACGAUGAAAAGGGUACUGAUAAUGUUAAUGUUAGUGAUGAUGUUGGGAUCAAAACAAUUUCUCUUCUGAAGUUGCCUUGCAAACAUGUUUUUCAUGAACCUUGUGUGCUUAGAUGGCUUCAUAAAAAUCAUGUCUGCCCUUUUUGCCGCUUUCAGUUGCCGCAGUCUGGUACGGUGGUUCAUCAAUGA